GACAAAACCUUUUCCAUUCGAAAGCUAGUUACUCUGAUAGUGUUCACAAUGUAAUUGGAUAUAUUUAAACAAGAUACUCCGUUGGAAUACGCUCUAAGUUUGACCGUGUUUCUUUCAGGAAUCUAAAUAAGUUAAAAGAAUGACUUUUGCCAAACAUAUUUACAGUUAUUAUUAUAGAGUUGCGUCUGUAACUUCGGGAACAUUUUAAUUAUAUGGCUUGCGUGUGAUAACAAAUAAGCGAUUGCGGAGUAGAAGAAUUUUGACACAAAUGUUUCUAUCACCGUCCAAGAUUUUGUACACACACAAUUACGACCAGGAUAUAUUUUCAUGCACUGAACAGACGUUUAAUGAGCUAAUAAAAACUCACCGUUUUGGCUCAGUCUUCCCAAAACUUCAAGUGGUUAAAAAGGACGGGUUUUAUUUCACACUGAAUGAUGCAAAGCUGCAGGUAUACCGUCAUCUGGAGAAGCUGGGUCAAUGUGGUGCAGUGGAGGUCGACAAAGUGUCGCUAAAGGAGGUUCCCGAGGGCAUCCGUAAACUCAUGCGACCGCCUGAAGGUCGGAUAAGAAUUAAACGAAACAAAACCAAAUAUCGAGGUCAUUAUACCAGCGUCUUGUCUACAACAUGUACGGAGGUAAAGAAAAAUGAUACACUUACUCUCACGGAUUAUGAUGACAUCAUAAGUGCAGAUGAAAGCAGCGAUGACGAAACUGAUGAUGAAGACACAGCCUCGAAUUCAUCUGAGUGGAGCGAUGAGGACUAUUCAACCACAGACGUAGAGACGGACAACGAGGAUCAUGAGCAGACGGCCAUGAUAAACGGUCAACAGGAUCAUGAUGACAACGAUGAAAGCAUUGUUUGAAUAGGCUACAAUUAUAUACAUAUAUUUAUGCUGGACAAAUGCAUUAAGUCCGUCAAAAUGUUUUUGUUUUGCUUUGUUUUUUUUUAACGUUUUAAAUGUUUUUCGAUGUUUCGCAUUUCUGGUGUCUAAUUAAUAUUUUACAUGUAUUCUGUUAUUGCUUUAUGUGAAAGACCAUUGCAUGUACUGUCUAGCAAGACAAAACAUCGUUCGCGACAAUUCAGUAGAAACAAGAGCUGUCUCCAUAGGAUGACAUAUGCCCCCGAUAAACACUUUGAUAGAAGUUAUGAGCAUUUUUUCGAAACCUAAACGCCUUUUUCGAAACCUAAACGCGGAACGUAAGUUCAAGGUCAAGGUCAAAGGAGUGAGUCAAAAUUUGUGUGCGUAUGGAAAGGCAUUGUCCAUAUACACAUGCAUACCAAUUAUGAAUGUAACAUGUAAAGCGACAUAGAAGUUAUGAGCAUUAUUUGAAACCUAAACGCAAAGUGUGUCGGACAGACGGACAGACAGACGGACAGACGGACGGACAGACAGACGGAGAGACGGACAGUGCGAUCACUAUAUGCCCUCCCUCGGGGGCAUACAUUAAUUGUGUAAGCAGAUUCAGAAAAUGCCUCUUAUUUAGAAAAACUAAAUAUUUUGAAAUGUCCCGGAUAGCAUAACGCGAUGUAUGUUUAUACUUCGUAAUAAGUAUGUAUUCAUUCGAGACGUACAUAUACAUGUAUGACGUCCUACGUUGAACUGAUUAAACAAAGGUAGGCGUUAUUGCAGAUUAUUGCUUAAUGUGUAAGCUAGUAUAAUUGAAUCGGUUAAAAUAUUAAAUGCUGAGAUCGAUAAACAAAAUGCAUGAUUGUGAUAGAAACAUAUUAUGUCAUUUACAAGUAUCAGCUUAAAUUGAAAACACGACGAUUGGUACCAGUAGGAAUUAUUCGAGUUUGAUUCAUGUCCCUUCAUAUAGGUGAUAAGUCCCCUACCGGUCAAACCGGAGAGGGACUUAUUGCUUGCGCUCUGUGUGUCUGCCAGUCUGUCACACUUUUCUGGAUCUUGCGAUAAAUUAAAAAGUUCUUCAUAUUUUUUUUAUGAAACUUGAAAUAUGGACGGAUGGCAAUAUGGAGAUAUGCACGUCAUUUUAUUUUGUUCCCAAGUCAAGAAUUCUGGUUGCUAUGGCAACACACAGACUAGAAAUAUUGCUGAAAAUUGGGAUCCUGCGAUAACUUUAAACGUUCUUCAUUUUUUGUUCAUGAAACCUGACAUGGAAAGAUGGAAAUAUGGAGAUUUUUUAUCUAAGUCAUUUAAUUUGUUCCUACGUCAAUAAUUUUAGUUGCUAUGGCAACACAUAAACUACAAAUAUUGCUGAAAAUGGUGGAACCUGCGUAGGUAGGGGAUUUUUAUUGCUGGGAAAAAGUCUUGUUCAUAAUACUUCUUUACUACUUGUAUUCUUCAUGAGCAUUGUAUCCACCAAAAUAUCUUAAACAUUCACUUUUUACUUCAAAUGCUUGACUAUACCUAAAUGUACUAGUGUUCUGAAAAUAUCUGGUGACAACAUGUUAAUAAAACCUUCAAUACUUAUUGCACAUAUGGAGUAUCAGAUGACGACGUUGUAUUAAAAUACUAUAUUGCGUGACAUCAGAGC